CGCCCAGUCUCUCUGCUAUCUGCAGCCCAGACACAGCAGCCCCGACACGGACACGGACCCUCGCCCUACGCCCCCCCUCCUGGAGCUCCAGUGCCUGUUUGGAUUACUAAUGGAUGGGAAGAACACAGUCCAGUUUUAAAGUGGGAAACCUGGGGGUAUUGACAGUUUAAAACCACAAGCCUGAGAAGAGAAGAGAAGAGAAGGGAAGAGAAGAGAAGGGAAGAGAAGAGAAGAGAAGACACCUUCAUCUUUUCUGGACUACAAACCAAUUAAAAAUCUAUUGGACGAUCUAGCAAACAUCUGCAUUUCUUCAUCAUCUAGAAACUUUCUGAAACGUUGGUAGACAUCUAGCAACCAGCUGCACACUUUGGUGCAUUUUAACCUUUUUUCUUCCCUGGAAUUGUCGACUUUACUCAACAAACGUCAGUCUUGAAGUCAUUUUCCAGAAUCUCUGAACUAGAGUUGCGUCUCUCUGAAAGGUACCGUAGAAUUUGCUAAGCAUCAAGUUGGUCAUUUGGUUCCUGAAUAUUGGCACUUUUUGGGAACUUUCUUGGCAUUUUAAUUGAAGCUCAGCACCCAGGUCUGAAGUUCAAUAAGAAGAAUCUUAAGAGGAAUCAUCCACAUUAAAUAUUUGGAUCAUGGCCCCUACUCUUGCUUUGUGGUUGGGCCUUUUUCUGCCUCUUCUGUUGACGGACGCAAAGACCGUUCAGCAACCUGACAGUCAGAGCGACACCCUCAACAAACCCUCAUCCCUCGUCAAACUGGAACCACUCUGGAUCUCCAAGCAGCUCAAGACCGGCGAGGCCCCCAACAAGAGCCUCCCACUCCCAGAAAUGCUGGAUCUAGAUGUGGACCAACCCCGCCGCCUGGCCCGCGGCGCAGAGGAAGAAGAACAACAGUCCACCUUCAGCCAGUCCUUCGAGAACGACUCCGUGACGACACCACAUGACACGGCGUUUGACAACGGGACUAAAGUAGCAGCAGGAGACCACGUCCACGGAAACACCUCCAGCUCGGACCCCGACGCCCCGGGACUCUUCAACCCGUUCUACCCGCUGGCGGAGGGCUCGUACGCGGCCUACGCGGUUCUGUUCCUGGCCGGCCUGGUGCUGGCGCUGGGCGUGGUGGGAAACAUGGCCGUCAUGUGCAUCGUCUGGAACAAUUACUACAUGAGGUCGGCCUGGAACUACCUGCUGGCCAGCAUGGCGUUCUGGGACUUCCUGGUCCUGGUGCUAUGCCUUCCUGUGGUGGUUCUCAACCAGCUGUCCAAUAGGAGGAUCCUUGGUGACAUCACCUGCCGCAUGGUGCCCUAUAUGGAGACCGUGUCUCUGGGCCUCACCUCCUUCACUCUGUGCGCUCUGGGCAUCGCUCGUUUCCACGCCGCCACCUCCUCCUCGCAGCCCAAGGCCCGGCUGAUGGAGCGCUGCCGCUCCAUGCUGCUGCAGCUGGUUCUGGUGUGGCUCACCGCUCUACUGCUCUCCAGCCCGGAGAUCUUCCUCUGGCAGCUCACCCAGUCCGUGUCCCCGACAUCAGGCCUGCUGGUGGACUCCUGCUCCAUCACACCUUCCUCCCCUCUGUCCCUCUACCUGCCCGACUCCCUGCACUCUCUGUUGCUCAAGUAUCACCAGGGGCGUAUGUGGUGGUGCUUCGGCUGCUACUUCUGCCUGCCCAUCCUCUUCACCGUCCUCUGCCAAAUGGCCACCCGCAACGUCAACAGCGACUCCAGCUCCACCCAAAAGCAGCGCAGCCAUGACGACCGCUCGACCAAUCAGAAGCACCAGCAGCACCAGGCGUUGGAGCGGCAGCUGAACUGCACCCUGCUGGCAUUGGCGGUGGUUUACGGCGUCUGUGCUCUGCCCGAACACGUCUGUAACAUCACGCUGGCCUACGCAAACAUCUCCAUCUCCGAGGAAACUGCCUCCAUGCUGGCUCUGUUGCAUCACUUCCUGUUGUUCUUUAAAUCAUCAGUGACCCCGGUGCUGCUGCUGUGUCUGUGCAAGGCUCUCGGUCAGGCCUUCAUGGACUGCUGCUGCUGCUGCUGUCAGGAAUGUCAGCCGAACGCGACUCAAGGCUCACCAAAUAUCAAACUGAAGGCGGCCAAUGAGACGUCCAUCUUCUUCGACAAGGCUAAAGAAACCUCAGCCAUCUUGUCGAUCUCCAGCUAGAGCUAUAGCAUCCAACAUCUCCUCUUCCAUAAAACAACCUAUCUUCUUUUUUAUCCUCAAACUCUGUUUCUCUUCUACCCUAAGGUUUCCUUAACGCUUCAGUUUCCUUUAUCCUUUCUUCUCCACAAUGCUUGUUGACCAACGACCAUCUUUUCUUCAUUUUUUUCUGUCCUCUUUCCUUCUCUCAGAGUUUCCAUUUGUAUGAUAUUCCUUUAUGGACACAGUGUUACCCCUUUCAGCUUCCUGUCUGUGCAGGAAGUGAUGCUUAAUCCGUAGUGAUUAUUAGAAAACUUGCUGUUCUUGCACAACCACCUGUUGUAAAACCAGGAGCCCGUUUCAGGACCCUCCGAAAGGACACUUCCCUCCAACUGGUGUAAAAAUGUAUGAUAAGAAAUAUCCUGGAUAUCUUCUUUGGUUGGUCUGAAGCUGAAAGCAAUAUUUCUAUAAGGAAGAUCUACUGUGUAAAGGCUAAAUGAGUAGUUUCAAACUGUGAUGGAAGAUUGAUGAGGAGUAAAAAGAAUCUGCUUUGAGGUUUAGUGCCACACGAACAUAUUUUGGUAUAGUGCAGAAUCAAGUGAGUAACUUCUUAGUUUUGGCUCUGACUAUUAACCUAGUUUGCUGAGAAGAGUGUACAGUUGACACAUUUUCAACCUGUGGGGCCAUUGAUCAUUGGUCCAUCUGUCAAACUAUCAAUAAAAAAGAGGUUGACAUCUAUGAAGAGCUAUUAAAAAUAACUGUAUGACAACUAUUUCCACUGGCUGGCGUGAAUCCGGAAGAAACCAAACCUCCUAGGGUAAAGGGGACGAAAAACAUCAACAAACGUCUAAUUUGAGAGAUCAUGAAACCACCAGUAAGUGGGGUUGUCCAUGUCCGUUUGACAUCUUUUGCUGUGCGCUACUUGUGUAAGAUGUCAACCCUGGUCAGAGUUCAGAUAAAAAAUAGUCUCUAUGUAACAACAAUCAACCAAUCAGAGCUUUGUGAGCAUGAUUAUGAAAGAAUAUGUCUUGAUCUGUUUGCAAACUAUGGAUGAAAUGGACGAAGCUGAACUGUUUAUAGUCAAAUUAUUUUUACAACUUGUGUUUCUGGGAAGAAUAAUGACUGUUUUCAGAAGGAAGUGAAGGGGGGGAAGGGAGGAGUUUUGAACAGGACCAAGACCUUAUAAGUGCUGAUGCGGUGUCUUUGUACAGGAAGUUAAACUGUGUAGUACAUUUUAAAGCAUAUUAAUAUGUCUCUAGCACAGUCUUUUCACUCAGACUGUCAAACAACUAGAACAAAACGAAGGAACAGAAGUUAUGAAUGUAGCUUGUUUUAAUGUUAGAUCUACAACUAAUUGCAUCUCUGUGUGAAGGGAAUAGAGAUAGUCAUUUUUCUAUGUCACAAGAAUGUGUAUGCCUUUGUAAUGCUCAGUUUCACAAUGUAAAAUCCAUAUAGGUAUGUGUCAGAGCCGCCUGUGCCUUAGUGCCUCCUCAGCCCUCAGCUAAAUCUACCGAAAUCAACGCAUUCAGAAACAAGAGUAGAAGUCUGACUAACUUUGUAUUCAACAAACAUAUCUUUUACACUGAAUAGUUACUUUGUAUUUGAAAUUCCAAUAUGGAGAAAGAGCUAGAGCGUCUGGGUGCUAAAAUUCACUGUUUGAUAUACAGCACUUUUACAGUGGCCCCGAUCUACAGAAGGUCAAGAUGUUUGUUUCCAAUUUUGCACAAAAGAAACAAGACAUACUAACAGCUCGAGUCCCACUGGUGUCGUGUUUGAGUUCCUUGUAAAUGUGAAUGAAGUUGACAUUGAGUGCCCUCACAGAACAGAUUAACUUUAGUGCCUGUCUUAUAUUUGUCUUUUUAAGUGUCUCUGAAGGUUGUUUUUAUCUUGUGAACAAGGCAUAAACCAACCAUUGGGAUGUAGAGGUGGUAAUUUAUAAAUAAAGCUGUGCAAUUUAAACUGGA